AUGUUAAACGCAUGAAACAUGCUCAACCCUUUCUUCAGUUGAGGGAAUACUUAUGCAAUCUCUGCAGAUGUUGAGGAAGUAGAUCGGAGAGAUCUCUCUCUUUUUUCUCUCUCUCCUUCACAUCUUCAGAUUAGUUUUUUGUAGGAACUUUCUUUUUUGCAAAUGUGAAUUUUCUUCAGGCAUGGAGGGAUUUUGAGAUAACCCCUCGCAGGCUCAAGCACUCAAUUCUGGUAACCCGAUUUUGAAGACCUACGAUUUGGUGGCUGUGAAGCCUUUGAAUCAAAUUGCAUUUGAUCUGGCAUGUGAGAUAAUGGAGGUAGAUAUUAUUUCGAUUGAUUUUUCAACAAAGUUGUCAUUUAGAUUGAAGCAGCCUAUGGUUAAAGCAGCUAUUAAGUGUGAGGCUUGUUUUGAAGUCACAUACUCGGCUCUUGUUGCUGAUAUUCAAAUUAGGAGACAGUUAAUUUCCAGUGCUAAGGUUUUGACCGAGGAUAUUGUCAAAUGUCAUGUGUGCUCUCAUAUGUUGUCAUUGGUUGGAAGCCUAAAGCAAAUGGAUCCUGAAACUAGAAAUGCAAAAGUGAGAACUCAACUUCCUAAACUUGUCGUCAUUGGUUGCUGCAGUUAUCUUAAACUUCCUUUUGCAAUUGAGAUAUAGACAAGGCUUACCCUCUUUGAUUUCAUGCGAAGAGGGCGAGUGAGGGUGUUCCUGAAAAAGGAGGAUAAGACUCUAUAAUUCAUCCAUCUCAUCUCGUAAGAAUGUUCAGGUAGAUCUACCUAUAUCUGUUGAAUUAUCUAUCAUGAUCAAGUAAGUUGUUAUUUCUUUCUGUAAUUUUUUUUUUUUUUUGUAUUUGUGCUAAAAAUAUUAUUCUUUAAUUUUUUUUUUGUACUUCUCUGAUGAAAUGCUUGCUGCUUUGAGGCUUGCAGAUGGUGCUGUCUUGAUUGUGGAUGCUGCUGAGUAAUGGUUAACACUGAGAGGGCAAUACGCCAUGCUAUCCAGAAGCGACUGCCUAUUGUCGUUGUGAUCAAUAAGGAAAAGGUUCUUGACAAGAGGCUGCUUGAUCGUCACCAAGCCUCUCUCUACUAAUAGAUUUUGUGACUUACGUGACAAACUCAAAAGUCUUGAACCACUUCCAAUUGCUCCAUCGACCUUAAGCUUGAGGAGGGAGGAAUAUUAGAGUAUUAUGGAUAUCAAACUCGCCUAUGUCUACUUUACUGUUGAAUGUUGCAUAUCAUACAUAUUAUGUUAGUGUUUCAGUUAGAAGUUAGUUACAGUUGCAGUUGCAUAGUUUCAAAGUUAGUUAAACUACUUUCACCACUACAUAUUUCUAGAACCAUUUUUUGUGCUUUUUAUUCUACUGUUGGUGAUUUGAUUCUGAACAGGUGUUAAGUUAUAACAACCUGGUUUCUUUUGCCUAUAAAAACUAGCCUAAUUAACCUAUUAAAGAAGGAAGAUGGUAACCUGCCCAUAUAUAUAACCUGGUCCUGAUGGGUAGGUGAGGUCCAAUCGGACCCAACCCAUUGUUUUUAGUUUAUAUGUUAGCUUCUGUAAGUACCUGGUGCCUAUAUGGGUAUUUUUAAAUUCAAGUAAAAUAUAAAUUAAAAGAAAAAAUUUAAAAAUUAUAAAGAAUAUAUGUAUAAUUAAUUCGAGUGGAAGCUAAAUGCAUGUUUGGAUUAGCCUAUUUUUGGGGAAAAAAAUUUUUUUUUGGU